AUGAUUGAUAUCCAAGACUUUAUAACCGAGAGAGGAGGCGACCCUGAGAAGAUCAGGCAAAGCCAGAAACUCAGGUACGCCGAUGUUGACUUGGUCGACAAAAUCAUAGCCAGCUUCGUGAGUCUUGCGCUUUGUGUGCUGCAGAAUAAGAUUAUGGAGAAAAUCUUGCUAAUACAGAUGCCCUGUACAAAAGGAAGACCACAGAAAGACGCAGUAUGCCGCGACGCAGAUCGGUACAUGAACGCAACAAACGCUUCAAGCUCCGAGAUAAACGCGACCCAAAAGGCAAUCGGACAGUUAAAAAAGAACAAGCAAGACGCCACGGAAUUACUGCAGAAGAAGACAGAACUCGAAAAGCAAAAGGCAGCACAAGAGGAGCUGGCAAAGAGCAAGUUGAUCGCCCUUCAAGCGCUGGCGAAAACUGUCGGCAACUACGUGCAUCCUUCUGUUCCAGUCUCAAACAAUGAGGAUGACAAUGAGGAGGUGAAGGUAUGGGCUCCGGAGGGGGUGGAUGUCAAGAAACUCAGAUUGGGUGGAUAUGACCCGGAGAGAGGAACCAAGCUCGUUGGUCAUAGAGGAUACUGCCUAAUUGGCAUGGGGCUCUUCCUCAAUAUGGCUCUUAUUCAAUACGGCUUGCACUUUCUUUACAGCAAAGGCUACACUCCUAAUCAACCUCCCUUUAUGCUCAACAAGGCUGAAAUGGCCAAGACGGCUCAGCUCUCUGAUUUUGACGAAUCGUUGUACAAAGUCGUUGAAGAUGAGAAGGACUCUUCUACGGAUAAGUACCUUAUCGCGACCUCUGAGCAGCCUAUCAGCUGCAUGCAUGCUAACGAAUGGCUGCAACCGGGUGAAUUACCUAUCAAAUAUGCUGGUUAUUCAACAAAUUUUCGCAAAGAGGCCGGCUCACACGGAAAGGAUGCCUGGGUAUGUUAUUUGGGCUUGUUCCGAGUGCAUCAAUUCGAGAAGAUUGAACAGUUUGUGUUUUGCAAACCGGAAGAGUCUUGGAAUGAGCUUGAAAAUAUGCUUUCUACCGCAGAGGAAUUUUACCAGUCAUUAAAGCUUCCUUACCAUGUUGUUGCCAUUGUAUCCGGUGCUUUGAACAAUGCCGCGGCUAAGAAGUACGACCUGGAAGCUUGGUUUCCAUUCCAAAAAGAGUAUAAGGAACUCGUGUCCGCAUCGAAUUGCACGGAUUACCAAACUCGAGAGCUUGAAAUCCGAUACGGCGUUAAGAAGGCUAAAGAGGCGCCUGGCGGUACUAGAAAGGAGUAUGUCCACGCUCUGAAUGCCACAUUGUGUGCUACUGAGCGAACACUCUGUUGUGUGCUAGAGAACUACCAACGUGAGGAUGGAGUUGAGGUUCCUGAAGUGCUGCGAAAGUUCAUUCCGGGCAACCCUGAAUUCUUGCGUAAGCCACUGUGA